CACGUGGUGUGAGCUCCAUGGCCACUUCCUAGAGUCCCUGGGAUGCCCGUGAGUAGCGAGGCUGUUGGCAUAGGAACACGUUCCAUCAUUAAUAAGGUAGAUGUGCUGUUUGUGCCAUUCAUGACUGUCCAUCAGGUUACUCACUAAAGUGAGCUUUGUGGGGAUAAUGAAAAGGGAACUUCAGAUUGUAGGCCAUCAUGUUAAAAUAUCAGGUUAAAACGAAGAAUAUGACUUAAAACAAGAAUGGGGGGGUGAAAAGGGAGAUGUUCAGGAAGAAAUCUGAAAAAGAGAGGGUAAAAAAAAAAGUUAAACAGUUAAAGGGGCAUUCCAAGCACCAUAACAACUUCAUUUAGAUGAGGUUGUUAUUGUGUCCAAACUGUCCUAUAUAUAUUCACAUUAAGAUACAUUAUUUCCACCAGCUCACAUGUGGAAUUAGGGUUUUUUGAUGGUCCAUUUGUUAAAGGGCCAGGGUAAGCAGCAUGGCCACUGCAACUCAGCCUAGGAAUUAUGUUUCCCAGAAAUUCGAUUUAAGAGCUGUGUCACUGUAACAACUCUCUCCAACACAGCAGAGAGCCCUCCCUCUUUUUCCACAUUGAUAAAAACAGGAUUUACACUAAUGCAUUAUUAUUGUCAAUAAUUCCUAAUCUGGAUAACCUAGAUUAUCAGAGAAUGCUGGGCUAACUCACUGCAACUGCUCUCAGACAGUCCCUGUAGUACAGGUUAUAGAAAUUCAUAAUGAGGGAUAGUAAAUUCUAAAUAGAAGGGGGUGGGGGAUUCUCUGUGUUCAGGAGAAAGCCCAAUUUUUUUUUCUAUCAUACUGUUACUAAAUGGUAUGACAAAAAAAAAACAAAAAACAGGACAGCACCCAGAGAUUCUUCGCAACAUACUCACUACAUUGCUGGUUAUAUAGUUUACAGUGCCUAUCUAAAUGUGAUUUAUGUUUGUAUUAUUUUUCCAUAUUUUUUUUUGGAGGGGAGGUAGACUGUAAUACAGACUUCAUAGUCAACCAGUGUGUAUUAUAUGCAUUGUGAUCUGCUGUGAUGGUAAAAUGAGGUUGCAUGCAUGCUUGUGGUAUGAUUGAAAGCACGUUAAAGUGGCUCUGUCACCGUCUGGGGUCUUUGGAUAGUUUGCAAAAAUCCCUGACUGUGGCAUCAAUGCUAAGAAUCCUGUGAUCAUGGGAGGCAGGGGAAGGUGAGAAUUACUUGCGCAUGAGUGAGAGUACAGCAUUGAGGUCUAUGGAGAAUCUCGCGCGACUGCAGGAUCCUCCAUAGAAAGAGUUUUUUGGGUUUUUUUUUUUUUUUUUAAGCUGAAGUGGUCUGGGUGCCUAUAGUGGACCUUUAAUUAAAUACUAAGAAGUGACACCGUCGCUUUAAAAGUUGAAUUCUUUUGGCUGAGCAAGAAGGGUAAGAAACUAAUGGGCAAAUAGGGCAUACAUAUCCAGCAGUGAUAGUGGUAAUCAAACAAAAUGAUUUAAACAUAUGUGUGUGAAUUUGUUUUCUCAUACUCUGUUAGAAGCAUUGUUAAAAAUACAUUCAGGAUUUGUUUUCUUCUUUGUAAAUGACCUGUCAUGGUGUUGCUGAAUGACUUGCUUUGGGAAAUGCCCACAUAGGAGCCAAAAAUCACAAUAAUAAUUUUGUUCUAUUUCCCUUAGAGAUGUCUACUGCAAAAGAGAAAAAAUAUGCAAAGAGGAUGCGCAAUCAGCCAUCCAGUGUGAGCCUAACUUCCGAUGUCACUGCUGACCGUGGCAGCAGACCUGCCGAACAUGGGUCUCGAGGAAAUGUUCACUCACACAGAGGUAUUUGUACUACAGAUAUUUGGAAACACAUGUUCUGUAACUUGGGAAAAAAAUAGAAUUCUUGGAUCCCAAGGUAGUUAUACAUUAACAACAUUUUGGCCUGAAAUGCAUGCUGCUGUUUUCUGCAAUACAAUAAUUGCUGACAUCUAUUUUUUAUAGCAUAAUUAUAAGUGACUCACAUAUUUAAUGAUAAUGAAUAUUGCGAUAAUAGUUUAAUUUAUCCAAAUGGUUGUUAAAGCUCUUUGUUUCCUGGGAUAAGCAUGAGCGAGCGUUGUUGAAGAUUGUACUUGUUAUGUUGCUGGGUUUUGUUUUUUUUCUUUUCACAGUAUAAUGUAAAAUGACUUGCACUCACAGCUGCGCACAGAUAGUGAAAUAUUGUGAUUUGUUAUUAAUAGUGAAAAAAGUUACAUUUGUGUAGAACUUUUCCCGUCGUUGGAUCUUUUGCGAUUUUUGGUUAGCUUGAGUGUUGUAUGCAAAAUGUAUUGUUUUACAAGCACGCAUAAAAAUAACAUUUAUUUAUUUUUCCUUUAACUCUUAAAUUACAUUGGUGGAUGGUUUCUCAGUAACUGUGCAAAGGAACUCUCCUGGCACCAUAAUAACUGCAGUGCUCUGUAGUGGUUAUGGUGCUCUGAGUGCCAUGCCACUCCCCUCUAUGUAACUUGUUAAACUAUUUCCUGACGCUUUGACAACUGACUUUGGAUCCUCCAUGCCCCGGUCACCAACUUCAUAUGAUCCAGAAUCUCUGUGUAUCGAGCUAAGAUCGGCAGUGAUAACCUGAUGGUCUCAGCCUGUGAGUUAGCCCUGCAGGGCUUAGAGGAUGAGGUUGGCCUCUGGUAGGCCCCAGGAAAGUUGUAAAACUGUUAGCAAACAAUUUACACUGAAGGGGUGCGAAUUCAAUCAUUGCACCAUAACAACUACAGCACACUGAAGUGGUUAUGAUGCCUGGAGGAUUCCUUUACAUUAUCAUGAGAUCAUUUACAUGUAAUUUAAAUUUUGUUGACACAAGGAUAGUACAAAGUAACUACUUUGCUAGACUUAGCCCUUUAAUGAUCUUCCUUUUUAUGUCCUAUAGUUUUGAAAGGCACCUUAGUAAACAGGAAAAAUCUGAUACAAUGCCUUCUAUUUUAUACAGUGAGGGCUAGAGCAUUCCCUGUCUGAUGAUGUUCUAUAAUAUGGAUAGUUGCACUAUGACCGUUACAAUCAAUUUUUCAUCUUUUUAGAUAGUCACCCUGGCUCUUCCGGACAGCACCAGAGGUAUUCAAAUCAAUCUCCCUUCCAGUCAAGAGGAGGGAGAGGCAGAAGUGGACCAGCUGACGCACAUCUCGUGCCUAAAUAUAUAACAGGUACCUGCAUAACAUUAAGCAGUUCAUCUCACAUUGUGAGCCCAAAACUCCACAGGCUGCAGGUUCUAACCGAAAGUGUAACUGUAUGUAUCAAGUAUUCUAGAAAGAUCCACACACACAGCUGCAUCUUCUUUUAUGAAAUAAUCUAAAAUAAUAAUUUUUAAAAAUGCAUUGCACAGUGUUAAAGAAAAGUAAUUGAAAGCCAUAUUAUAUUUUGGAAAACCAAUAUUAAAGGAUCACUAUAGUGUCAGGAAAACAACCCUUAGGUCCCCCCCACCCUCAAGGCCCCCUUCAAGCUGGGCUGGAGGGGUUUAAACCCUUUCAGCAACUUACCUUUAUCCAGCGCCGGGCUCCCUUGGCGCUGGUGACCUCUCCUCCCCCGCCAACGUCAGCUCCCGAGUGGAGCGGAAUGCGCGUGCGCGGCAAAAGCCGCACGCGCAUUCAAACAGUCACAGGAAAGCAUGUCUCAAUGCUUUCCUAUGGACGUUCUGCACGCUGAAUGCGAUUUUCGCAUUCCAGCGUCGCAGAAGCGCCUCUAGCGGCUAUGUUUACAUCUGAAGGGUUAAAACCUGGGGGACCUGGCACCCAGACCACUUCAUUGAGCUGAAGUCGUCUGCAUGUCCCUUUAAGGAAAGAAUUACUUUGCAAGUCCACAAAAAAGAUUAAUAAAAAAACAAGGUAUAGGCAUUAUUUGUUUUUUAUAGAUAUUAAUGUUGUUUUGGUGCAAAGUGCCUGUACCAACUUCUCUGUAAACACUUUUUUCUCUGAAAAGCCAAGUGUUUUAUUUCUCUCUAAGAACAACUCUGGUGGCUGUCUCUCCGUAGCCACUAGAGGUGCUUCUUAUUAUGGUCUUGGAGUAAUUCCUGGACUGACGUUUGGCUGCCUUAUUCUCAGUUUGAAACACCUACACUCUCCACGUAGAGAUCCAUUGGUAUAAUACAUCAAAUGAGAAGAUGUUAAUUGUAGCAGUGAGGUGAUUGCUGUACAUGCACAGUAGGCCCCUCAUUACUUCCCUAUGGAGAAACAUUGGAUUGGCUGAGAUUAUCGUAAUGAUGGUGAGGGGUGGAAAUGAGACCACAAUGAGGGAUAAAAGGUGAGUAAAACAAAUACAGUAACUGUUGAGUUUAAAACUGGAGGGGAAACAAGUACAGUAUCUGGAUAAUUUAUCCAUGAAUGUUCUAUGCAUAUCCCACUCCACAGAAAGUAUAUUAUAUGACAAUAGGAUAUGUUAUUCCCCUUUGGAAGGCCCAGUCAUUUUUCAGGUAUUGUUCAAUGACAUUGUGCAAAAGAGAACAGUUGUUAAAGCAGUAUCCUAUCCUAAGAGGUUGAAGAGAUGCCAAUAGGGCCACUACACCAGCACGAUUUCUGGCAAUAAAUCUUGGAUGCAGUUGCUGAAAUGUCAUGUUCUGGGAUAACCUUUUCUCCUCCUCUGAUCUCUGCAUCAUAGGGACUGUGCCCUGCUAACCCUGCUCUUACAGUCCUCCCCAGGAUGGCAUAGUUGCUGCUCACAGUAAAAUUUCAGUAAAAUUUUAAUGACUCAGCGCAGUAUAACAUACUACGUUUAUUGUGGCUAUAAAUUUUAUUGUUUAAAAAAAAAAAAAAAGUAACCAUCAUGUGUUUUUUUGUUUUUGUUUGUUUUUUAAUAAAAAAGUGAUAGAACAAAUGCAGAAAUAUAUCUGGCAUUCUCCUGUUUUUCUCUCUAUCCUAUGUUUGUCCUUAUCAAUCUGUAUGUGUGUUUGUAUGUAGAGGAGGUGCCAUGUUCCUCUCCAGACGCUGGCAGCUUUCUCUCCCAUUAGCGCACAUCACAUGUUCUCUCAGGUGGUGGGAUCUUUGCAUCUUCUAAGACCGAGGGAUCCUACAUAGAUAAUCUCCCUCACACACAGCAAAUGUUAUACUCAACGUUUGCACAUAGCUCACAAAGAUGCCUGAUCCCACCAGUCACCGAGCGUAGGGAAAUGAAUCAAUGUGCAUUCCCUUACUAACCCAACAUUACAUUUUGCCAAGUUGAGGCUUGGCUCAGGAGCUCAACUCUAAGUGCAUUAAUCUGUUUUCAAGCUGUUGGCGUAUUUUCUUUAGAAGCUGUUGUUAAAACAUCCUAAGUUUAUGUUUGACAGAGCUGGCCUAAAACUAAGUUACAUAUCACUGUAAUGUAACGAUUUUCUACAAUAUCACUUAUCCUCAGGACAACUAAAGUUUUCAAGAAGCCCCCCUUGUAUUUUUCAUUCUCUGUCCCUUCCUUUUUUUUUUCUUUUUCUAUUUUUUUCUUUUGUAAACCUACUUAUCGUGCGAUUCACUUUUACAGCGACAAUGUUUGCUCAGGCUCGUGCAGCUGAAAUCAAUGCCAUGGUUAAAGCCGUCUCCCAGAAAACAUCGAACUGUUUAGUGUUUCAAUCGUUACCCAGACACAUGCGCAGAAGAGCCAUGGGCCACGACAUAAAACGAUUACCUAGGAGAUUGCGAGAAAUUGCUAAAAAAGAGGUAAUUUUAUAACUUUGCACAACUUGCAGAUUUUUGUGGUUUAGCAACAAAAAAUAUUAUCAAGUUACUCGAACCCUUUUAACUGUGCUGUUUUUUGGGGGGGGUGAGGAGGAAGAGGGAAGGUUUGGGGUUUAUUUUCGUUUUUUUGGGCAUUGCUACUUAUGUCCCCCCACCCAAUUGUAAUGUCAAAAUGAAAGAUUUAACUUACCUGGUAUUCCCCUUCCCCCAUUAUGUCAAAAUGUAACUUACCUGGAUUCAAGCACCAGGCAAAACUCCAUGCACUGGUUUUCACGCUUCUGUCAAUGUUACAGCUGCCUGCUUAUGGUACAAUCAAAUGCUGCCUAUAGUGAAGAAUUUAAUUGGACCAUUCUAACAGCUCAGAGCGAAUGCACGUACUCUGAGCCACCUGGGUAGAGUAGGAAGUAAUAUGUAAAAAAAUAAAUAAAAAGAAUAAUUUACUAUGAAUACUAGGAGGGAUUGCAUAGAGGUAAGAUCAUGACUCAUUGUGCCUGUCAGCACACUGACAGAUAUCAUUUUUGCACAGACUUGACAUUAGGCAAACUGGAGUAGUCAUGUGUGACAUUGGUGUAACAAGCCCCCUGGAAAAACGGUUCAAGCACAAACUGCACAUAAAUACCAGCAAGAUCCUUCUAAAAGUUGUUUGAGAAACCCUUUACAUUGAACAGUUGUAUCUCGGUGUCAGUAGAAACCUGAACAUGUAUCAGAACAAAUCCUGUAGAGUAGUAUAGACGUGUUUUAAUCUGCCUCACCUUAUAUAUAUUUUGUUUUUCCUUUCAAGAUGGAAAAAACUGUGCAUCAGAAGAAAGAACUAUCAAAAAAUAAGUGUCGCAAAGCAAGAAGACGUCAUGGAAACCUCGUUAUGGAAUUCAACCGCAGGCAGAGGAAAAAUAUCUGGUUGGAAACACAUAUAUGGCACGCCAAGAGAUUUCAUAUGGUGAAGAAGUGGGGAUAUUGCCUCCCAGACAGGCCGACAAUGAAGAAUUACCGGGGUUGUUACAGAGCGAUGACAAACCAUUGUCUUCUCCAGGUAUUUUGGGUUUUGUCCUUAUGGGUGACUUCUUCCAUUAUAUGUGUCUUCCCUCUCCGAAGUUUGUUUCUUCUGUAAUAUAAUAUUUGAAACUAAUUCAGUGUGUGCCUAUCUGGAAAAGUCUACUACAGUUAAAGGGACACUGUAGUCACUAUAACCACUUUGUCUCUUUGAAUUGGUUAUAGUGCAUGGAGUGCCCUGGCACUGUCCCUCCAUUCAGUGUUGCACCAUGUUUGUGCAGUAUGCCACAAAAUAAGAGUCCCUGGCCACCCACAGUCCGGCACCUUCUGUAUGUGUAGCUAAGGCAGAGAUUACACACUUCCUUGUUGUCUUACCCAUUCAUACCAUCAGUUGGAGCUCUGACAGGUUAAAAGCAGUCAGCUGACACUCUCAGCCAAUCACAGCUGCCCAUUGCUGCUCAGGGUAAUACUUCCUUAUUAGCCAAAGCAGCACAGAGGGGAUGGACUGCCGUGGUCUCUUGUUUAGCAUUAAAAAAUGACAACAUUAAAAACUGUUUAAUGCUGAAAGAAAUUAUGGCACCAUGGGACUCCAUACACUAUAACCAGUUUAAUGAGAUGAAGCAGAUACAGUGCCUACGGUGUCCCUUUAAUGGGUCUGUAUGAGCACCAUAAGAACUUUGCAUUAUAAAUUAGAGAAUACGCUCUGUUUGCUUAGAACUACAGCAAUUAAAAUCACUUCUGCUGUAAGCUACCUCCUUGUUCACACUCUACAAAAGUAGAAUUUGCCCAUGUUUGCAUGUGUCGUCUUAUGUUAUGAGUGGUACUGCUUCUAGGGAUAAACUACAUUUGUCGCAAAUUUAUUAUGUCAAUUUUCCAAGCAAUCACAAGCCCCCUGUUUGUUAAAGGGUUACUCCUUCUGAUUUUUGAAGUGGUCAUGAUGGUAGCAGUCUAGAUGUGCAUUGUUUCAGCUUGCAAUAUUGCACAUCCAGAGAUAUUGGUAAUUGUAUGCCAUGGGCAAGUUGCACCCCCAGAAAAUGUGACUUUAGGCAGCCCAGAACCAACAGAAUGUCAAUUCUGUUCAUAUUUUACGUCUGCCAUUAGAACGCUCUUGUCUUCCCUCCCCCCGUCCCACACUGAUAGCAGCCCUUCCCUCCUCUCUAUCCCGUUCGGUAUAUUUUUUUAAUGCCAUCUAAGCCAGUAAAAUUGUCCAAUCAAAGACUUCUCUAUGAGAAACCUUUGAUUGGACCUUGGCAUGGCUCAUGUGAUGUCAGAUCGCCCUGAUCUGCCAAGCAGUACCCGCUGCUGAAUUAAGGUAAGUAAAAGUUAUUUUAAAACUUUUUUUUUUUUUUUGUGUUUAUGUUGGGGGAGAGGGGGAACUACAGGGGACCUAAUAAUACCAAUAGAACCUAUUUCUUAUAAUGGCAAAAAAAGAGUUGAAGAAACCCUUUUAUGAAAUUGUGCAGUUGCUUCCAUGUACUAUAAUCUUUUUUUUAAUUUAUUUUUUUAUUAUUAUUAUUAUUAUUAUAGGAUUUGUCUUAUCUGUGCUGUCUGGAAUUGAUUGGUGAAGAAAAUGACAUUUUGAAGUCAAUGUCAAGACUUUGUAGUACAGACACAGGUAAUAUUGUCAACUGACUGAAAUAUAUAUAUAUAUAUAUAUAUGACACAAUAUCAUGAAAGACAAUGUUUUAUUUAUGAAUUUAAAAGUUGUGUAAUGCAGGAUUGCUCAAUGCAGUAAAUUGUGCCGUGUGCAUUAAACAUGGUUUAAUAACAUUUUACGUGAAAGGUUCCACAGAGCUUUUUUCCAAUGGAGAUUCUUGAUUAUUCCAGACAUAUUAAUAUUUACACAAUAUAAAGCAAUUUUUAAAGUGUGUUGUUUUCUGGUACACAGUAAAAAUCCCACUUUUUUUUUUUUUUUUUUUUUUUGCACUUUUUCUUUUAAGGCCCAUCUUUUGCUGCUGCGCAGUGUCUCUCUGGAAGACGCCAAGGCUCUCUAACGAUGUACAAAGCUGAUAAGUAUCCAGAAGAAGCACUGGGUCCUGUUACUUUUAUCUGGAAACCUAAGGGUGCACAGUGUGUACCAUCUGGACAGAGACAGCUGUGGGUUUGGAUGCAUCCUGCUAUGAAACAGGUAGUGAUCCUAUUGUAGUCUCCACAAUUAUUAAGUCAGAUGCUGUCAUUCAUCUUCCUGAAAUUAAAAUUCAAAGUCUUUAAUUAGCUACAUUGCUGAGAGCCAGCUGCCUUGUAUCGUAACCGUAAUGGUGCAUGGAUUCACUUGAUUUCUCUGCCAUGUUUAUCUUUUUUAUAACCGAUGCCAGAAAAACUGGCAUCGGUUGGUAUUUUCUUUUUGUUAUUUGGCAUUAAUUGUUUUGUUUCUAUGGUUAGAGUCCUCAUGGAACUAUGUCCAACCCAUCUAGAGAAGCAGAAUAAAUCCGCCGGGGCUUUGAUCCUUUUAUUUUUCUAUGUUUCCCUAACUAUUUCCCACUUUUAUAUCAGCGUUCCGGAUAGACCGUUGAACAGUUUGACACUUUGAAUGUUUGUUUUUGUUAAAUGGGGAGUCUAGCAGGUAAAGGUAAACUCUCUAAUAAUAAGCAACGUUUGAUGUAUUGAUCAUUUUCACUGUUACAUUUUCUGCUUUCCACUUUGUUUAUGCAGCCCUAGCCACACCUCCCAUGGAGAAGCACACAGCCUCCAUGGAGAAAAAGUUUCAUUAUGAUACCACACUAGAGGCUGUUGCAGACUAUAGCAGGCAAUUAACAGAGCAAUAGAUAAUACAUUCUAAAUUAAACAGCCUGUGCUAUGAGAUAAGUUUAAAAAUUAGAACUCUUUUUCAGGAAGUGUGUAGGGAGGCUGUAUGUGUCACAGUCAGGGGAGGUGUGGCUAGGGCUGCAUAAAGAGUGAUUUAAUUCCUAAACGGCAGAGAAUUGAUCUGCAACUUAGCAGGGGCAUGAUAUAUACACCAAAACCACUUCUAAAAAUCUAUAGUAGUUUGGGGCUUAUCGUCCCUUUAUCUAAUAGUAACUAUCUUCCCUAUGCAGUAGCAGAAGCGGAUGCAUGAAUUUUCUUGCAAUCACUGUGAACGUUUACAAGCAUUCAUGACCUUGUAGCACAGGAAAUUAUCAUAUUGCCCUAACCUCUCGCCACGGUGAACUUAUCAGAAAUGUCUGACAUUAGAAUGAAAGGACAAAUUGGUUUAGUACUCGUAGAGUAAUGGGCUCCAGCUAGCAACAGUAAAUGCACAUAGGUCUCAGUCGCUUCGAGUAACAUUAACAGCAGCUCGAUAUGUUUGUGUUAAAGCGGCUGUCAUAAAUGUAGAACAAAAUCCAAAGUAGUCUAACGAUCUCACAGUUUCUUCACGUUUCACGGGGGUGUGUAUCCAGGAUCCCAAUGUCUGUCUCGUAACUACUUGGAUCGUCUUGCCCAUGUUUCAGUCUUUAAUUUUUGGCUUUCUUUCUUUUCAUCUAUAGAUAAGGUAAUUUGUAGGAAAACUCUCCAUCCAAAGUUCCUUCUUUUUUUUUUUUUUAUCUCUCCUAUGUUGUCUUUCUACUUUUCAUGUUGGGUGGUCUCAUAAACGCAGAGUGAAAUUAUCUGUUUCCUCUAAGGACUCCCAAGGAUGCCAUACAUAAAAAAAAAAAAAAAAAAAUUUAUUGAUCAGUAUGGAUCGAGUUUUCUUGAAUGUGGACACUGUAAAGUUGAUGAAAAAUAGACCAUAUUUUUCUCUUUUUAAAUUAGGAUGUACUAAAAGAGCUGAGACACGUUUUCUCGUGUGAGGAAACGCCAGACAAUGCAGUGCCAGCAGCUGUGCUCCAGCAGGAAGAGCUGCAAGUGGUUCCUAAAAGUACCAGCAGGAAAAGGAAAAGACAGGAUAAAGAAGGUGAAAAAGUUGUUCCUGUGAAAAAGAUCAUCGGUGAUGGAACAAGGGAUUCCGUAGAGCCCUAUAAAUGGACCUCAAAAGAAAGCUCCAUCGUCAUUAGGUAUGCAAGUUUAAUAUGGCACAAGGUGUUCACAGAAAAAUACUAAAUAGAAUUUUAACUCAGAUUUUAAUAUUUUUGGAUAAACUUUUAAAAUGAUUAAAUAUUUUGAAAAAUGUUUUAAUAUUUUUAUAUAUAUUCUAUUUUAAAAGUUUAUCAAAAAAUAUUGAAUGAUUUUAAAAUCUUAUCCAAUAUUAUUAAAUGGAAGCCUGUUUUAAGUCCAACAUGCUAUCAUAGCUAAUGCAGUCUGUUGUCAUUAACUAAUGAUCCAUGGCGGUCGAUAUGUUUUUGCCCUUUGAGUCUGUGUCUGAUGGCUGGGGUAGUUUACUAACCAGUAUAAAAACAUAUAUCGCAUGUAAUAUGCUGCUAUUAAGUUCAGCCAAAGCUGUUAUGUCUGUAUGUCUACCCAUAUCUACCUCCUCUCUUGAAUGUUACAGCCCAUUUGUAAAUGGUUUCCUAUUUAUUUUCUUACUCUUACCAUUUCUAACGAAUACAAUUGUUUAUGAUACUGAAGUGUUGGAGAGUCUCCUCCCCAACUGUAAAAUAAAGGGUUAACUCUUACUUAUAUAAUCUAGUGGUGGGGCGGUUCAUUACCUUGGUUUAUAACUCAAGCGAGUCUGAGGACAACAUUUCACGAUGAGACUGAAUAGCCAUAGAGUUUAUUGAAGGAGCUAAAUGGUGCCUUCUGCAAUUUAAAAUUAAAAUGCACUUUUUUGGUUUUAUUCUCCAUAUUGGUGAGCCCUCUUUCCAGAGUAAUCACCAAAAUCUACAUUUAUUAUAAAGGGGAACUCUCCUUUUAAUCAAGUAGUCUCUGGAGGUCUCUAGGCAACUGUGAUCUUAUGCCAUUUCCCCUAAAAAAAAAAAAACCUCGCCAGUACAGCAACCCCUAGAGCAGAUGAUCGCCUUCAAAUGGUGGGUCUUAAAGUCUGUGGCAAAUUGAUUCCUAUUCAGAUUCCUGUUUGGAUCCCCUUCUCAUCCUGCUCGAUCUGGAAGCAUAGAGUGAUGAGAAUGAGUUGUAAUGCACACUGAAAAAGUGGGGAGCACCCAACCCAUUUGUGCCUCAUCUAUCCCUGACAUCCCUCUCACUGUCAGUGUUUACAUGUAGCAAUGCUAAAUAAAAUAUGUCCGUUCCUUUUGACUUUGCUCUUUCUGUGUUCCUGCAUUUUGAUCAUAUAUAGAUUUAAUAUUCACAUUCUGUUGGCAUUUUUAGAACUUUUUAAUAAUUUUCGGUCAGAUGAGUGUCAAUUCUGUACCAUAACUGCUAUAUGUUACAAACGUUAUAUUUGCCCUUCAGGAAUUGUCAGAUAUUGUUGUCAAAGCAAUAUGCCUAAUUUAAAUGUUUAGUUAUCCCUGUACAGCAUUCUAUACACAAAACUACUGAUUUGUUGUAACUGGACAUGCAAACUAUGCCUAUAUUCUUUUAUAUUCUCAAUUUAAGAAAUCUAUAUUUUAAGCAAAUAAAGCUGUAGUGAAGAGUUGUUUUUUUUCAGUGAUCUGACUAUGGAAAUUGUCCGUUAUCGGCUGGUUGGCCCUCUCUCGCAUUCUGUCCUCACAGAAGUUCUUCGAGCUGCCCCUCUCCAUACGGUAAGGUCAAGAACCAAUUUGUUUACUCCUCUCUCAUUCUUUAGGCCUCAAUCUAACGUUUUCAGGUAAGCUUUUCAAAUGACUUUAUAGUGUUGGAUAAACUUCUAAACUUAUUUCAUAUUUUAAUAUAUAUAUACAUAAAUAAAAUAUACUGUUUGAUAUUUUGAAAAACAUUAUUAAAAGUUUUAUCCAAAAAUAUUAAAUCAAAGGUUUUGAUAGUGGAGUGUUGAGAAUUGCACCUAAACCUCAUAUCGGUUUCAAAACAAAAAGUGUGUCUGUCUUAUUCAGUGUAAUGGGCAGACUGUGUUUUUAAUACAACAUAUUUCUAUUCAUAUCAGAUGACCAGUUAACAGUAAUGGAAGUGUAUUUAAAAACCAUAUAAUAAGUAAAUAACAUUAAUUGCUCGGCUGCCCCUCUUCAUUACCCAACAUUCUUUGUACCCUGUAUCUAAGUCCAUGUAUCUUCAAGCUGUAUGUUUGUUUAUUAACUAGGGAGUGGAUGUUCCUGAAGGUGGACCUGAUAACUGGUGGCUGGAUUUUUGCAGGGACGAAAAUAAUGUAAAUCUGCAUAGUCACCAAGAGUCCAUGUUCCAGUUGUUGCAAGGUACUUUCACACCACAUUUCCUGGAAUUUAGAGCAGCUCUGUAAAGUAUAUGUAUCGUUUUGUCAGAACUUCGUGUUGGGUUUAGAACUGGGUUUCAUUUAGAGUGAUCGUUUUCAUUAUUACAUGCAUAGUCACUCGCAGAGGGUAACUGGCAAGCAGACAUUAAUAGAAUCAGUAGGACAAAUUCAUUUUUUUUCCUGUGAAUUCUUAAUGACAAAUUAUUUUAAUAAGAGAUUUAAUAUCUAUCUCAAAAUAAUAGAUCAUUUUAGAAAGUUUGUACAAAUGAUCUGUUAAUGAGAUCAUCUAUUUGGGGUUACAUUGAAGUAUGUAUUUAGAAUACGUUCGGUUGUAAUCAUGAGAUGUUUGUUAAGGAAAUCUUUCCCGUUGACACACAUUCUUUUGGCGUAUGACAUUGACCUGCUUUUUAGACCACCUACCCAUGUUCUCUUUUUCUAAAGCAUUAGAUUCUCCAGCACAAGUUCCACCUGGUACCAUUCUUGGACUUACAGUGGGAGAUCCAAGGCUCAACUUACCUAAAAAGAAGACAAAGGCAGUGCCAAAUCUAGAAAAAUACAAAGGUGAACACCUGAUGUUUCUAUGAAGUUACAUUUUUAUUCCAGAGUGUAGGAAAGGGCAGGUGUGCUGCUGCUGGUCUUGUGCUCAAUGGGAGCCUCUGUCUUGCAAUACAGAUGAUCCAGGUUCAAAUCCUGGGGAGGCCAACUAAGCGGUUUGUGGUUUUAGCGUUGCACUGUGACUUUUUAGCACUAUAACCCCUUAAUGAUACAUGCCGGAAAUAUUCCGUCAUGAUGCCCUUUUAUUCCAGAAGUUGUGUCCUUAAGGGGAUAAGCGUAUCUUUCUUUAUCUUGGAGUUGGUCCUUGUUUAAUGUAUGUGGCUUAGACCAAGUAUAAGUAACAGAUGGAUUUAGACUUGUUAGUUAUGUGUACAUUUUUCUAGAAUGCAAACCUUGAAUUGAGCCUUUCUAUUGGUGUGAGGUUCUAAUCUUCCAUAAAUUACACUGAUGUAACACAUUCUCUGUCUAGCCUGGGACCUCCUCGAACAGUCACAGCCCAGAAUGUUGGGACAUAUUUUCCAGAGGAAGCAAUUGACUGUCCUGUGCUCCAUGAGGAGAUGUUUCUACAAUGUGACCUGUUUGUUAAUACUGAUCAAGAGCAGCUUAGAACCCCUAUAGCCAAGUUUAUUUUUCAUUGUUGAUGUUCUGCUUAAUCCUUCUUUAGAUGGAGAACAAGUCAAAUCCUUAAGAAUGGAUGGCUUCCCGGUGGAAUGCACCCAAAGUCUUAUUUGGUCUUCUAGUGUACGUUCUAAAGUGACAGACGGGAAGAUCUCUGAGCAGGUUAUCAUUCUACUUUUCUGAAUAUUUUGCUAGUAUCCUGUGAAAUUUUGGGUCUGGGCUUAGAUGAAUUUAGCACCAAACCUGAUUUCAGCAGUAAAUACUGACCUUUCAUUUAGUUAUAAUUCACAUGUAGGCUGUAAUAAUUAUAUGUUCCAAUGACAUAUGCUGUGGUAUAUGAUACAUUUUUGUUUCUUCUUACAGGAAAUUAACCGUUUAAGAAGUGAGUUGCUGGUACCUGGCUCACAGCUUAGCCUGGGGGAUAAUGAAUCAAAGAUUCCUGUUCUUUUAAUUCAGCAACCUGGCAAGGUCACUGGCACUGAGCGACCGGGCUGGGCGAGUGGCUGGGACAUCUGCCUACCCAAAGGAUGGGGUAUGGCUUUCUGGAUCCCUCUUGUAAGUUGGGGAUAUUCACUAAACUGGGAUAUUUAUUGCCUUUAGAGAGAGAAAAAAAAUAAAAAUUUAGGCCACAAAGCUGGACUAAUAAGGGAGUUGACAAUAUAUUUUCCAUUCAGCUAAUUUGACUUGAAAUGUAUAAUUCCUUUGUCGUUUCUUCACAAUUACCUGUUUAGUUAUAAACUCUGUUGGUGACAUUUUAUAUUUUGUUAAAUGUCUACACAUGGUCUGAAUUGCUCAGUUGUUUGACAUGUCUAUAACCUACGUGUCCCGCAUUUCUCUGACCUUCAGGUUUACAGAGGUUUCCGGGUAGGUGGCCUGCAGCAAGAUUUGCAGCGUUCACAGUUCAUGGGAUCUCCAUAUGUUCCUGGUGACGUCCCUGAUUGCCCGGCUGGAAUUCAGUCUGCAAAGGAAACAGAAACCUGCUUGCUGGACAAAUAUAAAAGGUAACAUUCUCUCUCUGAUUCAACUCUGUGUUUGGCAUUAGGGAUUUUAUUUGGGAACUUUUUUAACUAGCUCAAUAAUAAUAAUACUCCUUAGUUGAGAAACAGCUUAAAAUGAUACACUAAUAAAAUGUUUCUUUUAGUAUAGUCUAAAUGUCUUUAAAUCACUUAUAAACAAAAUACAGCCAACAGAGUUAAUGUAAUUGUAAUAUCUGAAUGUUUUUUUUCUUUCUAAAUAGCUCUCAUCCUGCUAUUUUAUGGCAUUGCUUUCAUUCUUAAAAGGGAUUUAAACUAAUGAGGAUGUGAACACAAUAUAUCAACAAGAGGUUUCUGAUUUAACUGGGCACGCUGUCCACCAGAACAAGUAACUCAUUGUAGUGUAGUGGUUAUGGUGCUAAGAGUUUACAGCCAGGUAGCCAGUAGCCAUUGGUGAAUGUUUGGUGACAUGACUUAACAAUAAAAUGACAUAUUGGAAAUACUAUUGAAUACUAUGAUAUUGAGAGAUAUAUAUAUAUAUAUAUAUAUAUAUAUAUAUAUAUAUAUAUAUAUAUAUAUAUAUAUAUAUAUAUAUAUACUUUUUGUUUGUGGUAUGUUUAUUCCUCAUUCUCGGGUACUCUAUCAGCACAGUAUCUUAGCUGUUCCUAGAACUGCACUCUUCUGGACAGCGAUCUCAGAUGUACCACCUGGAGUCUGCUGAAGUCACUCCCCUAACCAUAUAUAGAAGCAAAAACCAAAAAGGUUAUGGUGGGAUAUAUAUAGUAUGUAUGUAUGUAUGUAUGUGUGUGUGUGUGUAUAUAUGUAUGUAUGUAUAUAUAUAUAUAUAUAUGUGUUUUUUGCACUCCAGCUUUCCUCCAUAUUUUUGCCCGGUGCUCAGCUGCACAAAAAUACAACUUCAAUAGAAGAGCCACCACUCAAGGACUUGUGCUGCCAUUUUAAUAAUUGCAGUUGACAUAGAUGAUGCCAAGAGCCUCUGCUAAUCUUGGGCAGAACUUGAACAUACAGUAAACCCCUGAAUCUUGACACUACCCAAAAACACUAUUCUAAACAUUAUCCUCAACACUACCCUAACACACCACCCUAAACAUUGUCCUCGACACUACCCUAACAGACCACCCUAAACAUUGUCCUCGACACUACCCUAACACACCACCCUAAACAUUGUCCUCGACACUACCCUAACACGCCACACUAAACAUUAUCCUCGACACUACCCUAACACACCACCCUAAAUAUUAUCCUCGACACUACCCUAACACGCCACACUAAACAUUAUCCUCGACACAACCCUAACACGCCACACUAAACAUUAUCCUCGACACUACCCUAACACGCCACACUAAACAUUAUCCUCGACACUACCCUAACACGCCACCCUAAACAUUAACCUCGACACUACCCUAACACGCCACCCUAAACAUUAUCCUCGACACUACCCUAACACGCCACACUAAACAUUAUCCUCGACACUACCCUAACACGCCACACUAAACAUUAUCCUCGACACUACCCUAACACUCCACACUAAACAUUAUCCUCGACACUACCCUAACACGCCACCCUAAACAUUAACCUCGACACUACCCUAACACGCCACCCUAAACAUUAUCCUCAACACUACCCUAACACACCACCUAAACAUUAUCAUCGACACUACCCUAACACGCCACCCUAAACAUUAUCCUCGACACUACCCUAACACGCCACACUAAACAUUAACCUCGACACUACCCUAACACACCACACUAAACAUUAUCCUCGACACUACCCUAACACACCACACUAAACAUUAUCCUCGACACUACCCUAACAAUCUACAGUAAAGAUUUUUUUUUUUUACUUGUUAUUUAGUUUAAUGUCGAUGUGAAAUACGAUCUUUAAAACCUGUAAAAUUGCUGAACCCAACUGCCUAGGUAAAUUGGGCUGUUGAAUCUGCAGAGCCACCUAGUGGCAAAGAUCUGCAUGCUACGGUAGCCCUACGUUUGAUAAAAUUCAGAAUGCUUGAAAUUUCUUCCUCAUUAUUAAAAAUCUACUUAUAUACAAUUGCAUUUGUUUUCCCAUGUUAGGCGUCCACCUGCAAAGAGAACAAACUUCAUUAAGCAUGGAAUUCUUGCUCCUUUUCGAUGUCCUUGGGAACAGCUAACAAGAGAAUGGGAGAUCCGAGCCAGAACUGACAAAGAAUCAAUUGGACGUACAGAGGAAAAUACUGACAGAGAGGAAACGAAAGAGAUAGCGUCCGAGGCUGCAGAACCAGUAGAAGAACAUGGAGUCCAGACUUGUCCUUCCAGUGCUGAAAACGAGCCAGUUGUAAAGUCCGAAGAAAAAUGUGGAGAUGGAUUCCUUGUACUAAGGUUUGUUAUGGGUUUAAAAAAAAAAAAAAAAUCUUUAAUUCUCCGACUCGCUAUGUUUAACAAGUUUGUUGAUGACUUCGCCGCUUAAUUAUUAACCCCCUGAGUAGUGUACUGAGAACUCUGAACUCUUUGAUAUGGCGCACACGGAGUUAAAAUAUAAUGGGGUAUAUUUACUAAUGUUAAUAUGUGUACAAGACUUAUAAUUAAGAUAUACUGUCACUAGAUGUUUGUUUGUAAAAUAUAAUAUAAACAUGUUCAAAUACUACUAGAAUUUAUACCAUAUAUUGCUUAUUUUUGGCUUCCUGUUUUUGGAUAGUUAGCAGUAUGUGUCAUAUACUGUAAUUACGUGUACAAAUCUACACCUUUUUGUCAUGCAGCCGGGCGCCUCCGUCUUAGUUCCCUGUCUAUUAUUGUUAUAAGCUUUGUCCUUUGCACCGGUUAGUCAGCACUGCUAAAAAGACACAUUGUUUCCAUCUCUCCUUUUAAUAUGCAAUGUUUGCCCUGGCUGUGCCUUGUCUGAACUAGAUUACAAUGCAAUUUGGUAAAUCUUUAAUAAAUAUGUAAAAAAUAAAAACAUAGAAUGUCAUAAAGUUAACACAAGCUAUAGGUGAUUCUCAGUCCGUGUAAAAUCCAGAGAACUGACAUUUCCCCUUUUAAAAUGUGGAAUUCCCUGAUCAGUUUCCCGGUUUGUAGGGUUAUUCACUAAAUUGAAAUGUGUGAGAAUGUGCUGCUUUUAAGCAAAAUUAGCUGAAUUGAAAAAAAAUAAAAAUAAUCUUUUUAGUGAAGAUUUGUUUUUGGCUAAAAUUUGAAAAUCCCUUGGAAUUUUCAACAGUUUACAUUUUAGUUAGUGAAUAACCCAAAGCGUUUAAUACCAGUAAAUGUGUCUCUUAAGACAUUAAUAUUUUAUCUCUUUCUAAAUCUUUAGAUCUGACACGUUAGAUAUUUUUCUUGCUUUUUCUCUCUCUUCAAAUAGAUAUUGCUAUCUCUCCAAGUAAAUGUAGCUACAAUGUUUGCAUACAUGUCAAAUUAACUUUAUUUAAAAUGUAUGGUAUAUUUUAGAGACAAGAAGCUCCUGUACAAGCUGUCUGCAUACUGUUCUUCAUUUCUCCGAGGUGCAAGAGGUUGCCAGUCUAUAAAAGCCACAACGCAUGAAUUGGCAAGUACGAUUAACCCAAUUCUGAAAAACUUCCCAAGGUCACUAGUUUGGGUUAGACUGUCCAUGUUGACUAAAGGUAGUCCAGAGCUACAUGCUCUUAUCAGCAUUCCAUCAGACCAGGACUUACUGCAGAUGAGCAAAGAUAAGUCUUUCCCUGGCCCCCAGGAGCCCAAACACAGUGAUUCUUUCAAGAACAAGGUAGUGAAACUUAAAAAGGAGAGGAUGAAAGAGAAGGCUAAAAAAAAAGCUUGUUCUUCAAAAGACAAAGAGGAUUCUGAGAAAAUCAUAACAAGCGAACAGGCUUUGCAAAACGAUGACCUGGUGCUUGGCUUGUGGCCUGAUCCAUUACCUGAGCUCACCACACACUGUAACAGAGUUCUCAUUGGGUUUGUAACACAAGGGAACUUUUCCUUGACUGUUGGUUGUGGUGAAGCAUUAGGGUUUGUCAGCUUAACAGGACUUGCGCAUUUGCUUUCAUGUCAGCCCGCAGAUAGGAGAGGGCUUGUAUUAAUAAGAAAUCCAUCCUCCCUACAGCACCGAUUUGCGAAGCUCUUAAUUGAUAUGUAAAAUCUCCAAAGAAAGGGGGUAAUGAGCAUGAUUUAUUUAAUGGGUCCUCCCACUGAUGACAUCAUGCAGCCUGGAAUAUAUAGCUUUUUUACGGGUGAGAGGUGCCUGGUUCUUUGCCUAGUGAUCUUGCGGUUCUGGAUCCACCAGGCACAAAUCCAUUUUUUCCUAACUCCCUUCCUGUGCCAUUACAUAUAAAAGGAUUGAAUUUUUGUCUGUAAUAAAAAGUGUUCAUUUUAUAUGAGUUUUGAAUGAUACAGAUCUCCUGCUUACCUCGUGUCAGAUAAUUUGAUGGAGCUGGGAUAGUAGCAUGCAGGACUUGUGAGUGAUCAGAAGUGCAGACGCAUAUUUCACACCAGUGGUAACAAUCGCCAUCUUAUAUGAAGCUUCUCACGUAGCAAAGUACUUUACUGGCACAGGGAACAUGUGUAUGCCAGCCCACAUUCCAAGAAGCAACUAUUGAGAUUACAACUCCCAUUAUCCCUUAAGCCAAAACUGGAGGGACUCCGUUUUCACAACCGUGACCGAGAACAAACUAAUGCAGUUUGUUUUGUAUAGAAAAUGCUUAAAUAUUGUAUAAAAUAUAACUUAAACUAUUUUCUUUUCACAUGUUUUGAAAGAUGCUGAAUUUUUUUAUGUUUAUUAAUGGAGAUAUAUAUAUGAAUGCAAAUAAUUCAAAUAUUACUAAAUAUUAUAAUGUUUGGGUUAACUUUUCUGUUUUAUUUUCAAUAAAGC